ACGCCGGGACACUAAACCCUAACCUCUCCUCCUCCCCAAAGCUGCAAAAAAACCCCAAUGCAGGAAAAAUCAUGGCCGAUUCGAGCAGCGGACCCGACGCUGAAGUGGGCGGCGAGAUCAGAUCACGGCGGAGGGAUCCCCCGCAGGAUCGUGAUCAUGGCCGUCGGCGCCUUCGCUAAGGUCGCCACCAACGUCCUCAACUCGACCGAGGUCCACAACUCCGAGACGCCGCAGGGGCGACCGCUGAUCACCGUCAGCAACCACAUGUCCACGUUGGAUGAUCCACUUAUGUGGGGAUUCAAGGGUUUUCCCACUGGGGAUGCAAACCUAGCAAGGUGGGUGCUAGCAGCAGAGGAUAUAUGCUUCAAGAAUACCAUUUUCUCAUACUUAUUUCGUCUGGGAAAAUGCAUACCAAUUACAAGAGGUGGUGGAAUUUAUCAAGAACAUAUGAAUGAAGCUUUAGAAGUCUUAAGAGAUGGAGGCUGGUUGCAUACAUUUCCAGAGGGAAAAGUUUCACAAGUGAAUGCACCUAUUAGACGGCUAAAGUGGGGAACUGCCAGUCUUAUUGCACGUGCUGCCGUUACUCCAAUGGUCCUACCAAUAGUUCACUGUGGGUUUGAAAAGGUGAUGCCUGAGCAUUCAUUUUUUGGCAGAAGACCACCGGUCCCUUUGUUCAACAAGGAAAUUAAAAUUAUUAUUGGUGAACCAAUACAGUUCGACCUUCGAACCUUGAGGCAAAAAGCCAUGACUGUAUCUCAGGAAGCACCAUUUUGCAGUCUUGGGUGGCCCAACCUUUGCCCUGAUGGUCUCAACGAGACACAACAAAGGUGGCUCUAUUCCAACAUCUCGGAUAGGAUCUGGACCAUCAUGGAGAGAUUGAGGUGCUUCGGUUUGUCCCUCAGGAAUGAGUAGGUAUAAUAACUUACGAAGCAGGGCUUCGGUUUGUCCCUCAAGAAAGAGUAGGUAUAAUAACUUAUGAAGUGGGGCUCCUUUCCUUCUAGGGCUUAGAUUUUUUUUAUUGGCAUUUUAUUUAAAUUUUUUGUGGACAUUUCCCUUAUGAUAUCUUUUUAUUACUGUAAAAUUUUGCUCAGAUGGGGACACGUGAAUUUGUGCUCUCUGCUUCAAGAUUUCUCAUAAAUUUUGAUAACAAUUCAUGAGGUAGGAGUUUAGAAUUUGAGUCGAUGUAGUAUCAUCCUGAACUUUAUAGAAAUUGAACAUCCCCAGACAAUGUUAUUCUCUCCUUUGUUUCAGUUGUUCGUGUUGUUUUUUUUGGAAUUCUAUAAAGUGCUACACUUUUGUACUGUG